AUGGAGAGCUACACACAAGCGGACGUAGAACUCGCGCGCCGCAGCAGGGGAGAAGAAGGCAGCAAUCGCCAGGACGUCGUCGUGGUCCAGUACGACCAGGAUCAAAGCCCGUCUGUUGAAUUGAACUCUGUGGAGUAG